GCGGAGAGCGCAGUUGGGGCUUCUCAGGCAGCCAGGAUGGGGCGCAGCGCGGGGCUGAUCCUGAUGGCCGCGAUGGUGCUGGGCGCCGCCGCCGAGGCGCUGCCAGACGAUUGCUACCUGCCCAAGGUGGUGGGACGCUGCCGGGCUGCCUUCCCCCGGUGGUGGUUCAACGCCUCCAGCCAGGCCUGCCAGGAGUUCAUCUACGGCGGCUGCCGGGGAAACGCCAACAACUUUGGCUCGGUCGACAAGUGUCGCCAGAUCUGCGCUGCAGAUGGCGGCAGGGGGGGCACAGAGGGAGAAGCAGCAGCACCCACCAGCAAGGCCGCGUCUGGAUCCGGACACCGCCGCCUGCCGGGAGACGACCGAAAGGGCUUCCAAGAGUUCUGCGCUGCCCCCCCAGAGGUUGGCCGCUGCCGCGGAGCCUUCCCCCGUUGGCACUUUGACCUGGAGACCCGGACCUGCAAGAUGUUCAUCUUUGGCGGCUGUGGGGGCAACAAGAACAACUACGACUACGAGGAGCACUGUCUCCAGUGCGCCAGAGACGGGGAGUUAACGGAAGAGCCGUUGGAGCCCAAGCAGCACAGCCACCUCUUCCCGGACCCCAUGAUCCACUCCACCAGAGCAGUGGUGUUGGCGGUGCUGUUGGCCCUGAUGGCGGCUGCCCUGCUGGGCUCCAUGGUGCUCUUCCUGGUCAAGAUCUGCCGGAGGAACCCGCAGCUGAGCCUGGGGCCAGUAUGGACCACCCUGGAUGACAAGGAGUACCUGAUGAGCAACGCCUACACCCUCUGAGCGCCAGGGGUAGGCGGGCUCCCUCUUGCCGGCUGGGGCUCCAGCUGCAUGUAAAUAAUGGAGACGUGGUGCUCUCCCCCUGCCCUGCCCGCCCCCUCUCUGGGGCCAGCUUUGUAGAACACGCUUGGAUCAUAAAUCUCUCCCAGGGAGGGGGCUCUUUUCUCAUGA